UUUUUGAUGCUUCUUGACAGCUGUCAGUUUGAAGCAACACAAUCCACCACUCCCAAAAAGAAAAUACCAACAGUGCAUUAAUCAAAACAAUUUUUCGGUUUGCAAGCUAAAGCAUGCAAAAAUCUUCGCAUAUCGCACGCCAGGACUCACAAGAACAAUUGCCGACCACACACUAUAAAGUAAUUGUACCAUCAAUGAAGCGUCGUACAUUGGCAGGCACCUGUGGCGUUGGUGUGUUUGUGAUUGCUUUCGUUGCGAUUGUCAUCUCAUUCGCCACACCCAAUUGGCUGGCUAGUGAUGACCGGAUAACUGGUGCUAAACUAGAACGUCUAGGAUUAUGGGUACAUUGUUUUCGAUCACUGGCCGAUGUGAAUGACAAUAAUCAACGCCGUUUCUUUGUGGGAUGUCGCUGGGUGUAUGACCCCUUCACAACGGGCUAUGACGAGAUUCGUGGAUUCUUAUUGCCUGCAUUCAUGAUUGCGACACAGUUUUUCUAUACGCUUGCAUUCAUUGGAGCGCUAGUAUCAUGCGUGGGUGUUUUGGUAUUCUUUCUCUGCGCUGGACCGGACCAAAAACACUUUGUGACUCUUAUAAAGUUAAUAGGGUAUGUAAUGUUGGGCACAGGUGUGAGUGCAGCUAUUGCUGUUAUUGUUUUUGCUUGUUUUGGCAACCGUAAUGGCUGGAUGCCGGAGCACGCCAACAAUUGGUUCGGUUGGUCAUUUGUGCUGGCGUGUGUUGGAACAGUAUUUUCUUUAGUAACAGGUAUACUAUUCCUUACCGAACAAAAUGUGCAAGCAAAAAAGCGUAAGCAAUUCAAAGAAUCUCAAACGCGUUUUGAGUUAGUGCAAGGCAAGGCCUAGUGGUGGAGUCAUCUAUCGACAGAAGAACUUGGUUUGCUUAUGCAUAGAAGCAGUCGUGAAAGAAAACGUUUGCGUCGAAAAAAGCGACGUAGUACUACAAGUUUCACGAAAUGAGUGUAAAAGCAUAAAUUUAAGGAUUAGAAAGGCACGACCCGAAACAUUAUUUUUUAAUCAAGAAAUUUAAACUUGCAAUAAUGCAUGUACCCAAAUUCCGUCCAUUUUAAGAAAAAAAACCGACCAGUUUUAAGUUAAAAAGUCUACACAUAUAUAACUUCAACUUUUUUUUGAAGUGCUCGAAGCAAUAUAACGCGAAAUAAUAGUCGUAAGUUUAUGCAAUUUGCACAAGGUUAAAUCAUAUAGUUAUAAACAAAAAGUUCUCAUAAUUCAGCACAAAUGGCCAAAAACGCAGUUGGUACUUAUGACAUGCAUUUACGUACAUAUUAACUUGCAGUAUAUUUAUAGUCACUUAAGACUGUCUUAAAGAAGAAAACUUUUGCAUUUGUGUCCAACAACGAAUUUUAACUAGAAUCUUAAUUUGCAUAUAUAAUUUUAAAAUAUAAAACGAAAAUCGCGCUAGCCAUUUGUACUGAUUAUGUGUAUUUACACAAUCAAAUUUGGAAAUUCACAUUAGAACCAAUAGUAACAUGAAAACACAUGUAGAUAAGCAUGAUAAAUAUGUGCCUUAAGUAAAAAUUGUUAAAUGUAUUAUAUGUAACUAAGAAUGAAUUAAUUAAGAAGUAUACGCGAAUUGUGUGCGUCGUUCUGCUACAAAAGUUGCAUAAACUUUCAUUCCAUUUUUGUGUUCGCACAGCCUAUUCAUAAGCAUAUAAUUACAUAUAGAUAUAUAGUAAGUGGUACCUUAAUAAAGACAAUUGAAUGAGCACAAAUCAUGAUUUAAUAUGUUGUAACGCAAAAAAGGCGCACAAAGUAAAAAAAAAAAAGAAUCAAAAAAAUAAUAGAUAUUUGUUUGUAUAUGCAUCUACAAUCCGUGCCUUAAAAACAAUAUUGUACAAAUAUAUAAGUAAAUACUUUAUAAUCAUUCCAAAUUUUUCAAUACACAUACCAAUACGUAAAUUGUUUUGUACCUUUUAAAUCGUAUAGACCGUUUAAAUGUAUUUAAAUAAUUAAUUAACUAAAAAUUUAGAUUCGUCCAUUUAGACAACUGCAGCAAAAUGUUUAUAUUUACUCAACAUAAUAACAAAAAUACAUACGUACUAUAUUCUUAGUAUAUAAUUAUACAUCAUAUCAUGUUUAGAUCCUAUAAACUGGCGAUGUCACACUUCGAAUACGAUAUCUUCACACAGUUCUUUGUCUAUUUUAAAUUUUAUAAAUCGCUUCUACUUGAUCAUUAAUAAAAAACAAAAAAACUAGUGGUAAUGAUGGAUUUUGCAUUGUUCUUUAUAUUUCCACUACAAUAAACAAUAGUGAUUUAUAUGAGAAUUUUCUAUGGGAAGUUUAACAACAGCGUGAGAUAUUAACAGUACACAGAGAGUAGAAGGAAGUAGCUGGCUUUAAUUACUAUAAUUUGAAACUAUAUAUAUACGUUGCAUAAUCAAAAUUUCGGCGUUACUCAUAUCAUAAGCCUUGGUACAGGCCGAAGUAAGCAAUGUGUGUUACAUUGUGCUGUGACUCUUGGGCUAUAUCAUAGAUCAGUAAAUUGCAAUAACAAUAUGAAAAGCAUAUUAUUGCACAAUUUUGAUUAUAGAAAUCACUUUCUUUAGAAUUAUCUAUUCUUAAUGCAUUAAACAUAAUUUCAGAAUUUCAAAAAACUAGAAAAAAAAUUUGUGAAAACUAUGAUACACACGGCAACUUUUUUUCAUGUUAUGCUAUUCGCCUAAAGAUGUCGCUUUACUGUCAUUUAUUAGAGUUGACUUUAUAGUUGCUUCAUUUGUUUUGUCCAAUUCGAUUAUUGCAAUUAAUAACUACAGAAAUUAUGGAAUUUCCGCCGUGUCCACCAACUUUAAAACAAAUACAGCAUUUCCUGAAGAUCGCGCAAGAGCAUGAUUCGCGUGAUGUUGUUGUGGCAUAUUGGGCGCGGCUCUACGCUCUCCAAAUUGGAUUAAAAAUUUCAAAGCAGCAGCCAGAUGUAACCAAAUUACUCUUGGCAAUAAUGGAUUGGUUGGAAAACAUAAAAAAGCAACAAACGGAAAAUGAAGCAAUUACUAACGAAGUAGCGGCACAGGCACAUUUGGAAAAUUAUGCUUUAAAACUAUUCCUUUACGCUGAUAAACAAGACCGUGACUCAAAUUUUGGCAAAAAUGUAGUAAAAGCAUUCUACUCCAGUGGUGUCAUCUACGAUGUGCUGCAAACAUUUGGUGAACUCUCCGAAGAAUCUAUACACAAUCGUAAAUAUGCCAAAUGGAAGGCAGCAUACAUCCACAAUUGCCUCAAAAAUGGCGAAACACCCAUACCCGGUCCAAUGCCUGACGGUAAUGAUGAGUUCGCAGCUGAAGGUGGUGCCAUAGGCGGAAAUGGUGGUAGUGAUGGUUUAGCUGAUGGUGAAGGUGAUCCUGAAAUCACUGCUAUACCACAAGAUCCACCAGCCGAUGAAGAAGUUGGUCCAGCACCAAUACCAGAUCCAUCACCACCGCAAAGCCCUCCACCUACAGUUGAUGAGGUUCUAAAUAAUCCAAACAAAUUACCAAGUCCACCAGUCGAUGAAGAGAAACCUGGUGGUUUCGAACCUUAUGUACCACAAGCACAGCCCAGUCGAAUAUACAUACCUCCAACACCAGUUGCUGAUUUGCAAUUAACACCAGAACAAAUAAUGAAAGCGCAAAAAUAUACGAAAUUCGCUGGCACUGCUCUCAAUUUUGAUGAUGUGAAAACAGCUAUUGAUAAUUUGGAAAAAGCUUUAAAACUUUUAACAACAGGCGAAGAUAGUUAAAUUCUUGCAACAAAGGUAUUACUACUAAACAAAUUACAUAUGUAUGUAUGUAUCUGCGCUGUGCUUAUAUGUCAUAUAGCUAACGAAAUUCACGAAAUUUGCUUAUAUUACUAACCGCUAUAGAAAGUACUAAAAACCAAUUAUUGUAUGGAAUAAGUUAAAAAUAUUAAAAUAAAGGCAAAACUUUGAAAA